AUGGAGUUAUUAAUAAAUAUUAAAUAGACAUAAUAAUUCGAUCUAAUUAUAUCAGGGAGUGAAGAUAGAACGAUUAAAUUUUGGAUAAAAAAGAAUGAAUGGUUGUGUUAAUUAACAAUAGAUGAUUGUUCUAAUCGUGUAUUAGGAUUAAGUUUGAAUUAAUAAAAAAAUAGGGUUGUUUCAUGUGGAAAUGAUUAACCUAUAUUAAUAAUAGAAAAUUAGGUUAGACUACAGAGUGGAAAGUAAUAUAAAAGAUUUAAACUGAAUAGUAUGGAUAUCUAGUAUGUUUUAUAGAUAAUAAUAUGUUCAAAUUCUCAUAAAGAGUUAAAGAAUAGAUAUCUGUUUUUGGAAUGAACCCUAACAAUGAAUAGUUUACCAAAACGAGAGAUAUUACUAUAAAAUGUGUAUAAGAUAACUUUUCAAGAUUUUCUUAUCAAUAUAUAAAUUCAAAAUGUAUUCUUGUGAGUAAGAAUGGAGAAUAUGUAAAUUUGGUGAGGAAACAAUAAAAUGGAGGGUUUCAAACUGAAUAAUCCAUUCAUUUUGGAAUUAAUUCUUUAUCUAUUUUGAUAUUAAGUUUGUUAUAAAAUAAAAAUCCCAUUUAUUAUAAAAUAUUUUAAUAAUUAAUCUUCAAAUGAUUUAAUAAUCAAUAGAUAAAGAACUAAAGUGUUUAGAACAUAACAAAUAAGCUAAGGUUCACGCUUACAAAAUAAAUGCUGAAAAAAUAUGUUCAAGAGCAGACAGGCAUUUGAAAACGUUAAACAAACAGUUUGAAAAGAGAAAUACACUCUUUUAAUAAUAGUCUUGAUAAGAAAUUAUUAAACAUAGAACAAUAAAUUUAGUUUAUUUCAACUGCUAUAGGCAAGGAAAAUAAGUCAAUAAUUGGACUAAAGGGGUCUCAACUAAAUUAAUUCUAAUCUUAAAAUAAUAGUGUUUAACUCUAAUAAAUUUUAUGGAGAAUAAAUUACGAGAUUCAGGAUAGAUUAAUAAUUUAUUUAAUUUGAAGAAAACCUCAAGAAAAUUUAAUAUAGUCAAAAGGAUUCUCUAUAAGAAGUAAUUCAAACUUUUUCAUCAGAAAUAUAUUAUUCAAGUAGACUGUUAAAUUAAAAUUGGCGAUAGGAAAAUCACAAACUUUAGGUGGCUUUAAUUGAUUUAAAUGAACAGGCAGUGGUUCCAAACAGAUUAGCUUGUAUUGAUUUUGUUGCUAAGUAUCCAAUUAAAGAUACAAAAUUUUAACAAUUAAAAUAAUUUUAGUUAGAUUAUGUAGAUAAGACAUUAAAAUACGAAGAAUAAUAAUAAAUUAAUCUUCAUGAAAAGGCUUCAAAGGCAAUGUAAAAUUUUUUAGUUUAUUAAAAAGUCAUGCUAAUCUAGUAUAAUAAUUAUUUUCAACAAUGUUAUUAAGGAAUGCUCUUAGAUAUCGAGCAAAAUAAAAAUUGAUUAAUUUGAAAACAAAAAAUUGGUAUUAAUUAGAAUAAUUAGAAAUUAUUGAAAUUUCUAAUCUCAUCAGUAAAACAAAAAAAUAGGAUAUUUUAAAUGGUUCUAUCAGAAAUGAAUUUAAGGAUUAUAAAUUGAAUUAAAAAAACUUCUUAGAUUCUUUCAAGACUUUUCAAGAAAACCUUAUUGCAGCAUUUUAAUAAAUAUAUGAAGAAAUAUAAAUUUAUUUAAAUACUGUAGAAACAGAUUAAUAUCCUAAUAAUUCACCUGAUACAGAGUCAGAAAACUUAUAAUAAUAAUAAAAUUAGAAAGCUAUGAAAUAAACUUUUAAAUAUGAAAUAAUUAAUUCUGUUAAAGAUUAUAGAAUAGAGAAUAGAUGCAUUCGUUUUUAAUUGAGAAUCAUUCUCUUCUUGCAGCUGGUUAUUUUGAUUCAAAUAAAAUUAAAUAUUUGA